AUGAGUACAAACCUAAGUCUGAUGAAUCCUGGGACCUCCCUUAACUUUGAUGGACAGGUGCUGCAGAAUGCCCAGGAGGAGGAAUACAGAAAAGAGGAAGAACAGCAACACAAUGAGCUGAAGCAGCUGCUGACGAAUGCGUUUGAUGACUUGAUUGAUGAUGAUGAGUUCUCCAUCACAUCAGAUGAGGGCGGUCCGUCAACCAAUGCCAGCCUUCAUCUGGGCACCAAGAUAGAAAGUCCUGGAGAUGGAGCUGAGUCUGAAACAUUCCUGGAACCCCGUGGUCAGUGGGCUCCUGUAGCCUACCAGGGCAUGCCUGCCUCCGCUCGUCAUCCCUCCCCAAUCUCUUGCCACCAUAUAUGAGGCCUCAUCAGUGAGAAGUUCCCAGGAAAAUCCACUCAGAAGCUCACAGGAUAUGUCUGUCCGUGGUUCACAGGAUCUGCUGCGGAGCUCACAGGAAGACUUCUCAGUUAGGAACUACGAGACCAGCCAUUACGCAGUUCCCAGGAAUACAGAGAGCAGCCUCUAAGGAGUUCACAGGAAUACCGGGAUCAACCACUGAGGGGGUCGCAGGAUUACCAACAGAACUACCAAGAUUAUCACCAAGCAGGGGGAGGGGCUUUGAACUCUGGUGAAGAGUUCCAAAGUGAUGGAUACCAUAGUAACAGUGAACAGGAAAGUGCUACACCUAGUUAUAACCUAAAUCCUCAGGCUUUCGAUUGGAUAAACCAGGCAACACAGGAUAGUCAGGUGAUUCAGCCACAGCCAAUGGGAGUGCAGGGUGGAUAUGGGGGCUAUCAAGGUGGGGUAAUUGAUGAACGUGUAUCAACUCGAUAUCCUGACCUACCAGUCCGACAGGAGACUGAGGGGGGCAACAAUGUUGGGCCUCCCAAUGACCCCCAAACAUACCACCUCCACCACUACGCUGAGGAUCAGCCAAGGGGAGGCAACUUCCAGCCAUACACAAGUUUACCUCAUUCUCAAGGGUAUCAGACCACAGGGGUCACACAUGACUUCUAUAACCCUUCAACAGUUAGUGAUGAUAGACAUUACCAUACCAACAGUGCUGACCCUUAUGUAUCCCAUGAUGAGGGUCAAAGUCAUGACCAGUAUGGGUCAUAUGACCAGGCUCGAGGUCAAGGGAAGUUGUUUGGAUCAAAGGAAUACCAAGAGGACUACAGAGUACAGUACCAGAGAAGACAAGGUCCAACAGGGGAGAGAACUGAGGAGGAGGACCGAUCCCCCAGACGGGAAAAACCCAAAGCCCCAGAGGAAAAAACUGAGGAAACUGGUGGCCUUGACCCACGGCAGUACUCACAGUUACAAGUGCUAUACAAGGCACGAGGACGAAAGCUGGAGGAAAUAACUAACGAGUAUGAGAUUCUCAAACAGGAGACGGGCCGGGAGAUACGUAUACUCAAACAUCAAGUCUCUGUGGCAAAAGGAGAGCAGGAGGCAGCCAAUACCAGUCUGAAGCAAGUUCAGGAUCUACUGAGGGAAAGCAAGGGAGAUAACUCUCACCUUCUGGGCAGGAACAAAGCCAUCGAGACAGAGAUUGAUGUCAUUAAAAAAAGCAAGGAUGAGAUACUAAAGAAGCUCCAUGUUGCCGAGUCUAACAUAGAGAGUCUUAACCAACAGCUACUAGAUCUUGGUAACAGUGAAAGCUUGGCCCGUGCUCGCCAUGACCACGAAGUCGUCAUCGCAGGCAUACAGCGCAAACAUCAGCAGGAGGUCAAGGUCGCAAACGAGAAAAUACAGGAACUGAACCUUCGCAUCUCUGACCUGAGUGGUGAGAAUAAGACAUUGCGUAAGAAAUUGGAGGAAAGUUAUCAGACCGCAGAGAAAGCACAGAUAUCACGGGCAGAAACGAUAAACCGUCUGACUCGUAGUCUGGAGGAUUCCCAGAAACAGUGUCAGGCCUUGCUAGAGUCAACAUCCUCUCAUGAACUAAGUCAGAUAAAGAUACAACUUCAGCAGACGAUAGCUUCUAGGAACAUCGCUGAUGACAUGUGUCGCACCUACCAGGAGGAAAUUCAGGACCUCAAGGAGCAGCUGUCCAUGUUUGAGUCAGCAUCUGGACUCGGUGUGUUGACCUCUGGCCAAACAUCUUCUGAUGCCAGGUGUCCCAUUCAUGAUGACUCUCUCCUCGACCUUGGUAUCAAGAAGACCCUCGACUUUGACACACCAGAAUCUGUAUCAAGUACUGGUGUGAGGAGUAAUCGGUUUGAAGGCCUUGCGUCUGAUGACAUGGUGACAGGUCUGAAAGCUGAGCUAGAGCGCUGUCUUCUGAGCAACAAACAGAAACGACAACAGGUAGCUCAAAUCCAGGAGGAGCUGCGUGCAGCAAAGAAAGAAAUCGGGGAGUUAAAACAGCGAUGUGAGCGAGCUGAAAGUUCUUCUCAGGACUAUAAGAAACGUUUGGAUGAGUGGGAGGAGCUAACAAGGUCAGGUGACAGGAAAAGUGCAGUAGAGGGACGACUCAAGAAAGACAUUGACAACCUGCACCGUGAGAAAUCCAUUCUGCUUGAGGAUAUUGAGGACCUGAAGAAGAGGCUGGAGGAGGUAGGAAGCAGUGAAGAGAAGUUGACAGAGAUGAACCGAGAACUCAACAAACAGAUCUCUCAGAUGGUACAAGAUUUUGACAGUGAUAAAUGUGAAGCACUCAAAAGGUGUGAGAGGACUCUUGAAUCAGUACAUGAGGUUGCUAAGUCGCAGCUGCAACAGGAAAUGGAGGCCAAGUUUGCUGAGGACCAGGCCAAUCUAGUCAAUAAAUAUGAAGAGGACUGUACAAAUCUCAGGAAUGACCUUGACUCGACCUUACGUGAGCUGGACGAGGUGAAGGAGAUGUAUGUGCGCGUGUGUACAGAGAAGGAUAACAUGGAACAGGAAGUGCGUGCUAAAAUUGAGGCUGAUACAGCACGGAAACUGGAGCAGAUGAAGACAGAGCUAGAAAAAGAGAAAAAAGAGGAGAUAGAACGAGUGAAAGAAGAAGGAACAGAACACGAGACGAGUUUAAGGGAACAGCUGAAGAAGGAGUCUGAGGAGGACGCACGUCGCACUGUUGACACUAAGGUUGCUCUAGCUAAAGUGGCCUGGUUUGAGGAGCAGAGAAGUGCUAAGCAGACAGCUGUAGAGAAAGCGGUGAAGCUAACCGAGGCAGAGUGGAAAAUAAAGUUAGAAAACUCUGUACAGUCAGAGGUCGACUCUCGGCUGCAGCAAGCAAAAGAAGAGUGGACAGCACAGCGUCGUUUGUCAUUUGAAAGUGAACUCAAAAAACAGCUACAGACAGAAAGGGAAGUCAUUGAAUCAAAACUAACUGCAGAUUACACGAAACGCUUAGAAACAGAACGGUCAAAGUGGCUUGAAGAAAACCAAGCCGAGAUGAGGCGAUCAUUGGAGCGGGAAAAAUCACGGGCAAAGACAAAGUCAGAGCUAGAUGUAGAAACUGCCGUGAAAAAGGAAGCCGAAAAAUGGAAGAAGACAAUGGAGGACACAGUGAAGAAGAAGGUAGAUGAGGAGUUGAGGAAAAAAGUUGAGGAGGAAAUGGUAAAGAAAGUUGAUGAAUUGAAGAAGGAGUUGGACAGAGAUGUAGCGGAGCAAGUUGAUAAUGGAAUCAAAUUAAAGUUAGAGCAGGUCAAGCUCAAAUUGGAGGAAGAAAUCACAGCAAGAUUGGAGGAAGAGGUCAAGGUUAAAUUAGAGGAAGAGGUCAAAGUUCGCCUGGUUGAUGCAAGAAAAGACUGGGAGGAAAAUAAUGAGAUAGAAACACAGAAAAAGAUUCACAAUGAAAAAGAGAAAUGGAACAGGAAGAAAAGUAAUGAAAUCCAGGAAAAACUGGAGGAGGAGAGGCUGUCUCUACAAGGAGAACAAGAGAAACACUUGAGGGAAAGACUAGAGAAAGAACAAGCCAAGUGGGAGGGUACAUUUCAGGAACGAGUUGCUGAGGAAAGGGCCAAAUGGACCAUGGAACAGUCGCUGAAAAACCAACAGAUACUGGACCAGGCCAAACAGAUGUGGGAGGAGUCUCAUGAACUUAGUGUACAGAAAAUCCAGGACUCCAUGGAGGAGCAGAUUCAGGAGAGGAUUUCUGCUGAGGUGUCUCUGGCUAUAGAGGAGGCACGGACAGACUGGAGUCGGGAGAAGGACCAGGAAGUGUCCGCUAAUAUUACCUCCUCAGAACUCUCCAAUAGUGUGCUUAAAGAGGAGAUUGAAGUUCUAAAGUCUCAGACUGGUCGUCUGCAACAAGAGUUGAAACAGAGAGAGGAUGCCUGGCAAACACAACGAGCUGAACUGACCCGCCUCAAGGAUGGGGAGAGAAAGCGGGCAAUGGAAGAGAUACAAGAUCAGUGUGAAAGAGAUCACCAAAAAUUUACAGCGGAACACCACGAUACGCUAACACAGGCGCUGAGAGCUGCCCGCGAACAACAUUCACGGGAAAAGGCUGACCUGGAGCGAAGAUACUCAGAGGAGGUAGAGUCGCUGAAGAUGAAGGAAUCUCGCCUACAGGAAAAAUUGAAGAGUUUAGGGAUAGAGGAGCCCACACACCAGCGAGCCAUUGAGAAAGAGCGUGAUAUGUUUGAAAAAGAAAAAUGGCGACUGCAACAAGAAGUACAGGAAAGAGAUGCAUUGUUGGAAAAAGCUGAUGUUCACCUGUCACAGGAAGUAGAUAAAUUGCGAGCGGAACUUGAGUCAGCAUACCAACAGAGAUUGGAAGCAGAGACUGCCAGCCUGAAACAGAAAUUUGACCUGGAGUCAAAUCGUCCAGAACAAAGGGAGAUAAUAAUGGAUAAAACAGCAGUGUUAGAAACAGAAAUAAAAAAACUGAAAGAUGAAAAUAACAAAAUUUGUAGAGAAAAUCAGAACCUGUUAUUAGAACUUGAGACGUUAAAAAGUGAGAAUCAGAAAAACUUAAUGGCAUUACAAGUACUUCAAACUGAAAAGGACAUCAGUGUUGAAGAAAACAACAAUGUAAAGGUCGAAGUUCAAAAGGUCAAGGCUCAAAUGUUUGAAGAGACAAAGCGAUAUGUGAAGGAAGUUCAGAACUUGAAUUCAAAGAUGGCUGAACAAUCCCAAGUACUUAGUGAGUUCCAGGCUCAAAAGGAUGAACUGAUGUCUGCCAAAGUUGUCUGUCAGACGCUGGUUAAUAAGAAUGAGUCCCUUCUAGCUGAAAAACAAUCAUUGAUGGAAGAGAAAGAAAAAAUACUUCUUGAAUUAGAAAAUGUAAAAAGUGAAAAUGAAGACCUUAGCAAGCUUAAGUUUGAAAUUGAGAAACUUCACAUUGAGGCAGAAGUGUUCACAAAGCUACGUGCUGAAGUAGAACGUCUAGAGACAGAGAAUGAACAGAUCAGUCACCUCAGGGCAAACAUUGAGCGACUGGAGGCUGAUAAUGCAGGUAUGAACAAGCUGAGGGCUAAAGUGGCCAGACUGGAGGCAGAGACUGACACAAUGAGUCAGCUGAAAAUUGAGGUGGCACAACUCCAGGCUGAGAACACUAAUAUCACUGCCCUACGGGCUGAAAUGGAUAGGCUUCAGACAGAGGUUGAGGAAGUCAGCAAACUUAGGACUGAAAAACAAAAAUUAGAGAAGGAAAACAAAGGCAUAGCUGAUAUGGAGGCGGAGAUUGGACGCCUGACCUUGGAGGUAGAGAAUGUCAGUCAGCUAAGGUCAGAGGUUGAGAGGUUACAGUCAGAGAUGACAAAACACCAGGACAAGGUCACCAAGGUAGAGGGGGAGAAAAGUCGACUUGUGGAUAAUAUCCGAGACAUGGAAUCAGCAUAUCGUCGGGACAUGGUCAGUCAGAAACAACGUCAAGAGGACACCAACAGCAGGCUAAGACAGGCAGAAAAACAUCUGGCUGAUGCCAAACAGCAUUACAGGUCCCAGAUUGACAAGCUCAAGAAGUCCCUGGAGAUGGAAAACAACAUGGCCAUGGAGACCAUGAAGAACAAGAUGGUGGAGAUGCAGAAGGCACAUUUGGUGGCACUGGACAGCAUGAAGAAACAGUAUCGAUCAGAGAUGGAGAAGGUCAAGGCAGAGCGACCUCCAAAGGACCUCAACACUGCAGAAGUACAGACCGACUCGGAGGAUGAUGAGCAGGGAGUGAUGGAACUCAGGGAACAGUACCUGGAUACUGUUAACAAGAUUAAAGAUGAUGUUAUGCGACACAUCACAGAGACAAACAUGCGUGCAGCUGAAACUGUCAGGUGCGAGAUGGCUCAAGAACGCAACACCACACUCACAGAACUCAAACGCAUCUACAUGGAAAAUGUUCGCAAAAUACUCCAAAAUGAAAUCAUGGGGGCCAACAUUGAAGCCAAGCUAGCUGAUAUCGAACAGGCUUUGGAUGUCAUUUCCUUUGAUAAACCAUUGUCAAGGUCAUUGAGUCCUGGGUCCUCAAGGUCAUCAACACCAACACCAACAAGAGAGGUGGAGGUGACACGCAUCCAUGACACUCAAGGGUCAGGGGUCAGUAAUGGUGUGUACAGUGGGCCUAUUGGCGGUGCUGACCAGAGGAGGGUUCCUAGGUCUGUACAAACUGAUCGUUUCUCACACAAUGGGAACAGCUCACCGAAAAAUGGUGCCCGCUCUGACAAAACAUAUGGUAAACAGCGUGGAGACAAUCGCAGAACACCAAUAGAACGGACCCAGACUGCGAAUAAUUCAGAACGCCAAGAUAAUGGUCAGUCUUCGCAAUAUACCCAGAAUGGUAAAACUACUGAACACCACAACACUGGGUCAAUGCUUCCUCCUAAAACUCGGGUCACCAGAGGUCACACCAAGGAAGUGAAAUUUAGCCGUUCUGUGGAGGAACGUCACAAUCGCACUAAAAGUUUGCCUGGCUCUCGUAUAACCAGUAAAAACAAGCUAGUGAGCUUUCGUACAGUGUCUCCUAUCUCGUCCAGUGAUAACUCCGACCCAGAGACGUUCAUCACCACACGUCAACGCAAGGCUGACCACAGUGACAACAGACUUCCAAGUCGUUUUUUAUCUCCAUCUAAUGAACCACGAUUAGCAUCUUUAUCCAAUUCUUCCUUUGAAGCUGUUGACCCCCGACCUCAGACGGUACCACUUCACGGAGCCCUCUAUAAAACUGUGUCUGAGCCGGAGCUAGGCUCAGAACAGCCACGUACAGACUACAGCUUUGGUAACUACAAAUACACUUCGUUGAGGGAUGGCUUGUCCAAAUACCGCUCUACCUCUCCCACCAAGGACAGCACAAGUGCAUCACAUGAUGACCUUCGAGGGUACAACGAACCCGAGCUGGAGAUGUUAGACCACAAGUCCUACAGUAUCGAUGUUGGUCUAAAUACAUUAGGGCUGGGCUGGACCUCACCACAUAAGUUUAAUCCCUCCCCAGAGCGUCUGAACACCAGUAGUCAUGAUGCUGGAGAGUCACCUGUAGGCACACCCAGGAGAGGUCAUAAGGUCAAUGAGAAAAGGUCACAAAGUUCAGGUCCUCGAAGCCGUGAAGUCACGAAAUCUGCACCUUGGGAUAUUGAAAAGCGUUACUAUAAUUACCGAUACCAACAGCCCGUUAAACAUCUUGUAGAGAAGUACCAGGGUUUGGGCUUGAAAGACUAAAUGAUGCUGAACUUUUUAUGAGCUGAGCUAAUUAUCUGUAUGGAUUGUUAUCAUUAUAACCUAGUUCACAUAGUCAAUACUUAGUGAAUGGUUCAGUGAAGGGGCCUCUUUAGUGUAGUUUUGUAGUUUAUGGUUCAGUGAAGGGGCCUCUUAUUGUAGUUUUGUCCUUGAAAUAUUAGUGUAUGGUCUCUGAGCAUGAUUAGAGGAAUAUAAAAUAUUAGAGUACAUGUCUAUCUUGUUCUAACUUAUGCUAACAAUGGCCAGUUUAUAUUCAUAUUUGGUUUACAAUCCUCUUAAGAACACAUGUAUAAUGUAAGGAUGAGUUGUUUAUGUCAAAAUAGUU